AAACCCUAAUUUACCGUCCCGGGUAGCGAGCUAGGGUGUGGACCGCGCUGCGGUCUCUAGAACACGACUCACGAAAAACGUGUCUAGUACCAGCAGAGUUGGCCACGUCAGCGAUUCAACGGUGGUCAUUCGACCAGGAUUCGAGUGGACUGCAGUCUCGAUCCAUCCCGACCGUUGAAGUGAUCUGCUCACGUUCUUCCGUCGGAUUCGUUCGCCGUGUCUUACGGUUGAUCCGUUCGGUGCGCUAACUAGCUCGGGGAUCCCCCUCCCCCCCUCAUGGCGACGGGAGGCGGUCUGUUCGGCUCUGCGGCGGGAUCGCCGCUGUUCGGCCAGCAAACGCCAGUGGCACCUUCGCCGUUUGGCCAGCAGACCCAAGCGGCACCAUCGGCUUUCGGUCAGCAAACUCCCGCCACUCCUUCCCUUUUCGGCCAGCAACCCUCCGCGACGCCCUCGCCGUUCGGUCAAUCAGCUCCCGCGUUUGGCGCUGCGCCCACGCCCGCGUUCGGCGCUGCAUCGACUCCCUCCGCAUUUGGCGCUGCUGCUAGCACUCCCGCGUUCGGCGCGUCCCCGGCGACUUCUGCGUUCGGCGCUGCUUCCACCUCCGCAUUUGGCGCUGCACCUACCCCCGCUUUCGGCGCGUCCACUCCUGCUUUCGGAGCUGCCUCCACCCCCGCGUUUGGCGCUGCAUCGACGCCCGCUUUCGGCGCUUCUACCUCCGCAUUCGGCGCUGCACCAACCUCCGCAUUCGGCGCUGCACCAACCUCCGCCUUCGGCACUGCUGCCUCAACGCCCGGGUUCAGCGGUCAACUUACCCUGGCCCAACCGCAGCAGCAGCAGCAGGGAGCGAUGCAGCAGCCGCAAUUCCCGGUGCAAUCCGCGGCAUGGUCCGCGGCGCUUCCCGAGAGGGAGGUCGCCGCCAUAGCCGCCGCGUAUUUCGGCGACGCGCGAAACCCCCUAGGGCGGUUCGCGUGCCCCUUCCUUAGCGUCACGCACCCCCUGGCGCGGUUCCGCCCGCCCAACGUCCCCGAGCUGACGUGGCAGGAGGCGAUUGGCCUGCUGGCGGCGGCUGGGCCGGAAAACCAGGCGGACGGGCUGUGGCCGGAAAUGGUGUGCGGAUUCUCGGGACUGGCGAAGAGACUGCAAGUGCAGGAUGAGACUCUAGUGGCGGACCGGCAGAGGCUGGACGAAGUGGAAGGGGCGGUGGGGCAGCUCAAGGCGCACGUGGCAGCAGUCACGGAGGGGCGGCAAGGGGCAGUGCGACAGCGGCAGCAGCAACUGCAGCAGAGAGUGCUACGGCUGAUGCGGCUGGUCGAGAUCAUGGAGCUAAGGACAGCUCCGCAUGUCCCUCUUUCUCCAGCGGAGUUGCUACUAUCAGACAGACUUCAGUCUCUCCUGCGUCUGCUGUGCAGUGGAGCCUCGGAGUUGCCUCGAAAAGUCGAGUCCCUCGCCGCAGCUGCCAGCCUGCUGGGUGACGGGGGACAGGAGGGCACGGGCGCUGAUGCAGGUGUGAAUGGAGCAGGAGGGGUGGGCGGAGAGAGGGGAGGAGUGAGGGUGGAUGAGUGGAGUCUGGAGAGGAUGCGGGGGGUGGUGGCCACACAGGCAGAGGCGGUGGGGCGGUUGGCACAGUUGGUGGAGAGGGAUGUGCGGGACGUGGGGAUCAUGAUGGGGGUCGGGUGGACCCUUUGGGGGGAGUGGCAGGGGCAUAGAUAGACCUUGCAGAGAGAGCGUGUGGGUAUCAGAAUGCAAGUGGAUGGUGGUAGGUAGAACACAGGCAGAGGGGGUGGGGUGGGUGGGGGGGGUUCUCUUUCGUGAAGAGAUGGGCCUGGUGAAGGCUCUUCACUGAAGAGAUGGGAUGGGAUGCGGCGGCGCUGCGUCGCGAUGACCAGCUGAAACCGCUGUUCGCCCGCGUUUGAUUGAAAGAAAUGGCUGUUGCGCGCAUGUGAUGUGAAUCUCCUCAAUAAGUUUCCUGUGUUUUUUCUUGUUAUUAUGGGAAAUGAAAUCAAUGGUUCAGG